AAGUCAAAACGAGAAGUUACGCGUGGGAAUCUGUCCAUCGUGCAAGGGGGAAAAAAAUGCACUUCUCUUUUUCGCAGAACAAGCGAAAAGUCUCACCAGGACGGUCACCGCCGACACACGGAGAAGAAGCAGGACAAGAGCUGGGAGUGACGUCACACGAGGAAGUGAGGCGCGGGACCGGCUGGCUCGCUCUGGUUCCUGUUGUUUAUAGCAGAGACUCACCUGUCCAGGUCAGGCAUUGGGAACUGUAGCGCAGCGUAACUACAGGAAGUGCAGGGAGCUCCGCAGGACUGAAACUCAAGAUCCCGUCACAAGAGACUAACUGUUAAGUAUUUUCUUUCGGUGGCAUAAAACGUCCCCACAUAAAUAUAGUUCAGGGCAGCGCUUGGUCUUGGCGUUUGCUUCGGAAGCGACAAUGGCACAGGUGUGGUACGCGUUCGCCGCCCUCUGUCUCUUUCUGUCCGGGACCGGACAGGCUCAAGACCUGGGGGAGAAGGACGGCUGCCCCGAGGCGUUCGUGAAGCUCACCGGCCAGGGUCUGGACCAGCAGUCCUUCGACAACGGGGCCAGCUACUCCGGUCACCUGCCCGAUGUGUCGGACGAAGCGUCCUGCCGGCAAGCCUGCUGCGGCCACAAGGAGUGCACCCUGGCGCUGCUGGAGAGCACGGCCGGGGCCCCCGCCGAGUGCCACCUGGUCAGCUGCCUGAGCGCCGGUCGCGAUGUCUGCGUCCUGACCGCCAAGGACGGCUUCACCGCCUUCCGGGCCGCCCCGGUCGACAGAGCCGGGAGCAACAGCACAGCUAACUGCCUCUCCCCGGCCGUGAUGGGCCCCUGCCGCGCCGCCUUCCCACGCUUCUACUACUCGGCGCCCAACCAGACCUGCCUGCCGUUCACCUACGGAGGCUGCGAGGGCAACGCCAACAACUACGAGACCGUGGAGCAGUGCGAAGCAGCCUGCAGCGGGGUCAAAGCUCCUGCCCCCGCUGACGACAAGCCCUCGUUCUCCAGGAGAAUGGCUCCCGUGCAGCAGAAUGCCGACCUGCCCGAGGGAGAUGGCAAGACGAUGCCCAGUGACGAGUAUGCAGAGAAGUGCGAGGCCCCGGUCAAGGUGGGGUUGUGCCGGGCCUCCAUUCCACGCUACUUCUACAACAAGACCACCCACACCUGCCAUCUGUUCAUCUACGGGGGUUGCCACGGAAACCAGAACAAUUACCUCUCGGAGGAGGAGUGCCUGGCCUCCUGUCAAGUUUCAGUCAUCCCUGUGCCCAAGAAAACGGCCACUGACUCUUCCAAAGAGUACCAUGACUCCUGCCUGGCCUCACCCGAGGUCGGACCCUGCCGCGGCGCCUUCCCCGCCUUCUUCUUCAGCCCCAGCACCCAGGACUGCCUGCCCUUCACCUAUGGGGGUUGCCAGGGCAACCAGAACCGCUACAGCAGCGCGCAGGAGUGCCUGGCCCACUGCGUGGGGUCGCAAGGCUAUCACAAUGGACACGGACAUCGUUUCACCCCAGCCUUCAUCAUGGCCACCACUCUGGCCAUCAUGACGGGACUGCUGGUCCUUGCCCUGAUCCUGCUGUCGCUCAGGAAGGUGCGCCGCCGCCUGCACAGCCGGCGGGACGACAAGGAGGAGCUGCUGCCCCGAGAGGACUCUUCCCAGAAGGCCUGAGGGGUGACGCGCAGUCCCGCCUCGCUUCCCAGAAUUCCCCACUGUCGGCACCCUUGCCCCCUCCUGCUCACGUCUGCAACACAGGGCCUGUCGCAACUCUCCCUCGCCCCCUCCAGCCCCUGAUCUCCUUCUCUCUUCGAACCCUCACUCCUCUUUUGUAGCACGAUGCUCUGCUGCCUGUCAGUUCCUUCCCCUUUCCCUAUAGCAGAGAACGCAUGCCCUCCUCAGUGCGGUGCAGAAAGGGCCGUCCCAUUUUCUCCACUGGCCUGUCUCCCAAACCCACGUCUCUACUCUAACCUACGUCCGAAGAGGAUGCAGCAGUGCGCUCGGUGUCGGCCGACAUGGUCCAUUUCUGUUGCCCAAGCAAGCAGGUGUCGUCCUGCUGAUCACGAUCCGCAGCUUCCCUUCCCAGCUAAGAAAAAUGUCCGUGGUCUCCUGGCAGCUGCGCUCCACCUUUCUUUUUCCCCCGCGAUCAGCAUUUUUAUUGCAGCUCCCAUUUUCUCGAGUAGGAGAAGGGCCCAGAAAUUCGUUCAGGGGUGUUGUCCCGCUGUCCUGGUAAAAGAAAAGGCAGCCAGGAAGAAAAAGACUUCAGCUAGAAAAAUGAUUUCUAAAUGGAAACAACCGCAGCUCUGCUGGACGGAACAUGAGGCACGAACAGGCUAGUAAUGACAGCUCCAGCUGCGCAAUUUACAACAACAAAAAAAAAAAGCGUUAAGGAAUUUGCUUUGUGCUGGACAGGGAAAGUUUUUUUAGAAUGUCUCAAUGGCUGCAAACGGCAGGAAUUGAUAAAAAAAUUAACCUUGUAUUCUGCCUGGGAGCGACUGGUCUCGUCCACCAUUAUUCUUAACCCGUUGGUUUGUGAACCUGAAGGCCAGUGUGUCAUCACUUCCUGUGGGCGUGACCUUUGACCCCCAGAUUGUGUGCCAGGUUGAAGUGUCCAGUCUGUAGAGGUGGCGUCACACGCAGAGAUGUGUUGCCUUAGGCUGCGAUGGGAGAGGUUAUUGUGGGAACAACCUCUUCUUCCUCUGGUUUUGUUUUGAAGUUCCUUAUUUUACGGUUUGACACCCAGUAAAGCUGCCAGUGAAGUUCUGUCGCAGUCGCUCUGUUCCUCGCCCACUGCUUCCCAUGGCACCAGUUCCACAGGAAACACAGGGGUUGGCGUGACACUGGGAGGUUCAUGGAAGGAUCGGAACAACACGAAUAACGGCAGUUAACACAGACACUGUUAACUAGGUCUUCUGUGCAAAGGACAGACAAUCAUAAUGACCUUCCUGUAACAGCUGCUUUAAAAAUCAAAGCCCAGCAACUGGCCGGCAUUAUCCCUUAUCAAUAGUCCCUCGGAAUCUUCGUUUGGAGGACCCGUUGUUUAUAAUUAGGCAGUAGCUGAUGUGUUGGUUCUGUUAUAAGCCUUUCAAUCACGGGUGUUGGAGCAGCUUAAUUGAUAUCAUGAUGGUUUAGACCUAAACACUGCUUUUUGAGGUCCUUCUCAUCCCCAUUGUGAAGCUGUUCUUAGCUCUAAUGCAUACAAAUAAAAAGGUUUCACAAGCUUUUUGUCUGCUGGAUCAUUAAGCAGCCCUAAGGUUUUCUUAUUUUGUGUUGUAUUAGGUUUCAGUGAGUCUAUCAGCGCCAUGUCAGCCUGCUGGGCUUAUUCUGCACAACAGUGGUGCCACUUGACUUGUGCACUGAAGGCCCUGCAGGUGAAAAGCUAUUAUUUCCAAGAGCACCUGGCUCUUCCGUCUCUGGACAGACAGCAUCCAGCUCAGCUCCUGGCUGUCAGUCCACCCUCGUCCCACAGGGGAGUUAGGUGUCAGGCGAAUCCACACCGACCCGUGUCUACAGGCCCCCAGACUGCACUGAGGACAGCAGUGCAUCUGUUCUGUAAGCAGUGGACAGACCUAAAAACAGCCAAAGUGCGCAAAUUAAUAGAUUGGCUGACAAGCAAGAAACAGCAGAGCCCGUGUUCUGCUAGAUCCGCAUUCUGACACACCAGGGAUAGAACACUUUUCCAGUCAUGUCUUUCUGGUGUUUUUCCACAAUCCUUUUCCGUCUUCGUUUUUAAAGAUAAAACUUAAAGAGAAACGUCACUUUUACAAUAUUCAGGGUACAUGUAGGUUCUCUUUGUGGUGGCGGCUUUCAGCUUUUUUUAUUCUAAAAUAUAUUUUUCUAGUAGCAUUUUUGCUCUAGACGGUGCACACUAAUAGAGAGAGCAGCACUGAAGCUGUUUUAAAAAGGGUGUCAAGUUUCUUUUAAGUUCAUUGGUAUCGAUGAUUGUUUCAUGAGCUGAUAUUCUGUCUUGUUGGAUAUGUGAAAGUUAUUUGUACUGCUCAUGAUUUGUUUGAUGAAUUUUUUUCCUUUUUUUCAGUCUUUUAUCACAUAAUUGUCCCUUUCAUCUCACAGAGAUGAAGGCAAAGGGGUUCAUUGUGAACUACAUUCACAAGUCAGUUUAAUAUUGAUUUUAAAUCGUUUUAAGUUUGUACUGAUGUUUCAGUCUCUAAUCCAAAUAAAAAAGUAAUCUAAAGAAAA